UGAGGGGGUGGGAGCGAGGCUGGGGCUGGAGUAGGCUGCUCCCCUCGCGGCCAAGGCCGCUGCUGAAGCCGGGACGGUCACGUGACAGCCUGCUGAUGUCCCUGGUCAUAUGCCGAGGGCGGGGCGCCGCUCGAGUCGGUUUCGUUCUGCGCUCGCCUGGGAUCGCGCUGGGACGGAGGCUGCGGUGCUGCGCUCGGGUCCUGGGCGAUGUCUCCCGCGGUGCGGGGGCUGGCGCUGGCCGCGCUGCUGGUGCUGAGCCGCGAUUGGGGCUGCGCGCAGGCGGCCGGGACCAGCGGGGCGCGGAAGCCCAGCGUGGUGCUGAUCCUCACCGAUGACCAGGAUGUCUGCCUGGGCGGCAUGACACCGCUAAAGAAGACCAGUGCCCUUAUUGCAGAGAUGGGGAUAAGCUUCUCAAAUGCAUAUGUGCCCAGUGCAUUGUGCUGUCCCAGCAGAGCUAGCAUCUUAACAGGGAAGUACCCACAUAAUCAUCAUGUUGUCAAUAACACUCUGGAGGGAAACUGCAGCAGCAAAUCAUGGCAGAAAAUACAGGAACCAUAUACCUUCCCAGCUCUCCUCAAGUCCAUGUGUGGCUAUCAAACAUUCUUUGCUGGGAAGUAUUUAAAUGAGUAUGGAGCAGAAGAUGCAGGGGGAAUAGGCCACAUUCCUCCUGGAUGGAGUUUUUGGUAUGCUUUGGAAAAAAAUUCAAAGUACUAUAAUUAUACUCUUUCAGUAAAUGGAAAAGCACAAAGGCAUGGUGAGAACUACAGUGCAGAUUACCUGACAGAUGUACUGGCUAAUAUGUCCUUGGAUUUCUUGGAAUAUAAAUCUAACUUUGAACCCUUCUUCAUGAUGAUCUCCACUCCAGCACCGCACUCUCCUUGGAUACCUGCUCCUCAAUAUAAAAAGAGCUUCCAGAAUGUCAGUGCACCAAGAAAUGGCAAUUUUAACAUUCAUGGAAAGGACAAGCAUUGGCUAAUCAGGCAAGCAAAGACUCCAAUGACUAAUUCUUCAAUACAGUUUCUAGAUGAUGCUUUUAGAAAAAGAUGGCAAACACUACUGUCAGUAGAUGAUCUGAUAGAGAAACUGGUGAAGAAACUGGAAUUGCUUGAAGAGCUAGAUAAUACUUACAUUUUUUAUACCUCAGACAAUGGCUUCCAUACUGGACAAUUUUCUUUGCCAAUAGACAAACGGCAGCUCUAUGAGUUUGACAUUAAAGUUCCAUUGCUAGUUCGAGGACCAGGCAUCAAACCAAACCAGACAAACAAGAUGCUGGUUGCAAACAUUGAUUUGGGUCCCACUAUUUUGGAUAUCGCAGGAUUUGACAUAAACAAAACACAGAUGGAUGGGAUGUCACUGUUGCCGCUUCUGAGAGGAGACAAAAAUGUGACCUGGAGAUCAGAUGUCUUGAUUGAGUACCAAGGAGAAGGACAUAACAGUAGUGAUCCUACCUGCCCUGCCCUGGGACCUGGUGUUACUCAUUGUUUUCCAGACUGUGUGUGUGAAGAUUCAUAUAACAAUACAUACGCUUGUGUGAGGACAUUGUCAACUUCGUGGGAUCUGCAGUACUGUGAAUUUGAUGACCGGGAGGUGUUUGUUGAAGUCUACAACUUGACUGCAGACCCACACCAGCUUACUAACAUUGCUAAAACAAUAGAUCAAGAAAUUUUAGAGAAGAUGAACUAUCGACUAAUGAUGUUACAGUCCUGCUCAGGAGCAACUUGUCGCACACCAGGCGUCUUUGACCCAGGGUACAGAUUUGACCCACGCCUAAUGUUCAGUCAUGGUAUUUGGGCUCACAAACUUUCCACACGGUCUCUGUAACAGCAUUUAUCAGCCUCUUCAGUUGGCUUCCUGUGUUCAUUUCUUCAGAGGGACUCCAGCAGGUCUGUCUGUAUCUAACUACAAUAAUUACAUCGGGAAUACUCAAUCAACUGGUUUUGUUAAAACUUUUAGUGGUGGGGAAGGGCAGAAUCCCUAGUCUUUAGAGGGCUGCCUUGUGCCCAGUGUAUAUUUUACAACUGACCUGUAAUUCUGAACAGUCAGACAUGGCUAAUCUGUCUUGCUCAUAUGCCUUGUCUUUCAAAUACUUUUUCAUAUCAGAGGUAUCGUGUUGACUUGUGACCUAUAAAUCUGACUUGGAUUUAUUUUGUUUUUGUAUGAAUAAAGACAGAGUUUAUAAACUGAAUCAUGUUAACCCAGGGCAGGACAUAUUGCACAGAAAUCUUCACCCAUCUUCAUUCACUCUUGUACAGACUUUCCUAAAAGCAAAGUGUUUAAGAGCAGUGUUGAACACCUGUAAUUUAAGUUAAGCUGGAUGCAAACUACCAUAGUAUGGCAUGGGAGACUAUAAAACAGAGAGCUUAGGGAUCUGACUAGAAACUGUCCAUCUUGCAGACUUUGAAGCACUAUACAUAAUAAUCUCAAUUUCAAACUAGACCAGUUUCCAAGUCAUAACAUUGUAACAGGUUGUUAGAUACAGUGGUAACUGCUUUUAAGUUUUAACAUAACACAUUUUGAAAUAGGCUUUAUUAAUAUGUUAAAACUAAUCUGAAGUGUUGGAAUAAAACUGAGUGCCUGUAUGUUGGUCAUGAUGAACCAGCUUUGCUUCACUAAUCUGAACGGGAGUAAACCUCAGAAAACAAAGAAAUGGGCACCACAGUAAUUGUCAUGUGCAUGUCAUCUCCAGCCUUCUCAAGUAUCUUGUGAAUAAUUAAACAUUUCAGAUUGACUUGAUGCAUACAGUUAAAUUGGCUUUGCUUCCCAAAAUAUAAAAAUCACAAAUCCUAACUUAGCAGAGAUCACGGUAGGAUGACUACUUAGGUCAGUUUGAGUGCCUCUGUCAGAGAGCUGCUUCUGUGCUGAAAACUACCUCCGUUAUGCCCUUCAUGCCAAAGGAUUCUGGUAUGUUACUGCUUUUGGUAUUUGGGUGAGGAGGUAGUUGUCUGUCUUCAACUUACUGAUGACACUAUUUUCACCCUUAAACACUCAUAUGGAAUUAAUAAGAGAUGUUUGCAUUUUCAAAAUAUUGACUGCCUUUCUAAACUUAGAAAAUCACCUAAAUUCAAGAGCCAGCAAGCUUACUAAAUUAGUCUCCAUAGAAAUGCAUUACCAAACCAACAGCUAGAAACCUACUGAAUUAUCAUCUUGAUCUCACAGGAUCCUAUAAGAAAAUCAUCCUGCUUAAAGGCAGUUGAACUGUAGCUUAAAGAAAAAACUGGUAUUACAUAUUUUUCAUUGUCAAAUUAAAGCUCUCCUCAUGUUAAGCUGUUGCUAUUUACUAUUUCUGUUUUUAAUAUAUCUACUUAUCCAUUUAGAAAACAAUAUCCUUAAGUCAGAAGAGUAGGUAUUUCCUGAAUUGGUGCAUUGUCAAGUAGAUGAAGCCCUAUGCCAAGUAAGUAUUAUUUCAGAUAGCUGAACCAUAAGAAUAUAUCUAAUUUCAGAAACCAAAAAGUACAUCCCAUUUUACAGCUUCUUGAAUCUGGUAAAAGCAACACUUAUGAACAUGGUAUUGACUACAUUUUACUUAAGUAUUGACAAACUUGACCAGCUGCUACUCAUCUUUCUUCCUUGUGUGACUUCCAACAGGAGGUAAACUUGAUUCCAUCCAUAAUCCUAGGGUGAACAGAUUUAAUUUUGCCUCCCAAAUCUGAACAUAUUUCUUGUUGAUCCAGAGGCAUUAGAGAUGCAUGGGAAAAACUAAGGGAACAUACUGAGAGGCUGUUUCUCUCAAUGCAUAUUACAACACCCCACUACUUUCAGUCUCCUCCCAUUAAAUUACUUGGAUCCUUUGAAAUAUUCCAUUUUCUUUAUCUACCAUAAUUAUGAUUUUCAACUUAUUUUCUCCUCCAUUCACCAAAACAUCUUAUCCCACUUCAAUGUCCCUGAGCCUCUGGCCUCUUCUACAAACACCUCUCCUUCCUAAUCAGUGUGUUCCCUGGCAUCUUAGCUUUUUCCUUACCCAUCUGUUAGGUCCUGCAACAAGUUUUUGCUCCUAUUCUUUGACCAAGCCAAAAGUGAUAUAAACACUCAUUUAACAAUAUAUUUGUCUAACACUACCACACUUAGAUUUGUGUUCUGCUUUUUAGUUAAACUUGCUGGUGGCUGUACUUAAUUGUAGGUUAUGAAGGGUCUGGUGAGGCAAAUCUUCAGUCAGUGAUGUAUGCAUUAAACUUUGAGCAUCUGUCCAAACUAUUCUAGCUGGUCAUCGAAUUGAAGUUCCAGUGUGUGUUUACUAAGUGUCUGCAAUGCAGUGGUUGUCAUUGUCUGUAACAGUGGUGUGGUGGUGGUCUUUUAAGUAGACAUUUCUCUUUUUGUAGAAAAAGCUACUAUAUAAUCAUGACCAAAAAAGUAUAAUUUGAUAUAACCACGUUUCCUGGUAUGGCGUAUUUGGUUAGCAGGAAGAAUUUUAUUCUUGCAUAUUCUACCUCUACAAUUCAUUGACAUGGAAAUUGAUUGUAUAGAACUGGUGUAGAAUAUCCAGUAAGUCUGAUCAGCGGGAAGAAUUUCACCCUAACUUAACAUGCUGUUAGUAUUUUCAUGCAGAAAAUACCGGUCAGUCAUUUCAGUUGCAGCCAGACUUGUUCCCUUACAUUGCCUUUUUCCUCAACUGACCAUGAGUCUACCACACCCACAUCUGAAGUUGGCCAGUUAAUAAUAAUUUACCGCGGAAAACCUUCACAUCACUACGUUCUACUCAUCAGUCCUGCUGUGACUUAGCAAAAAUGCAAACACUUCUGAAGAAAUGUGCACUGGAAGUGCAUUUUAAGCUUAGCUGAAGGAAGAACGUUAACAAUCAACUGCUGCCCUGUUUUUUGUUCUGAUUUAACUGUUCAGUGUUUUUUUUCACAGGAUGCAAUAAAUCCUAUGGAUAUUUUCACACUCCUGAAUGAUCACUAUUCACUUUUUCUUGAAAACUGAAAUAGCAUGCUACUUCAGUUAACUUACAGCUAGACCAAAUUCCAGAACACAAGUGGGUCAAAAAUUGAGCCUUCCUAUGUUCCAUUUAAUAACUGGUUGAACACGGCUGUGUCCACUUGCACCUUAUUACUUGAGCCAUUUAAUAGUUGAAAUUGAAUAGAAGCCUUACUAAGCACUAGUCUCUUGCAUAUCAAAUGUGAUUAUAGGUCAUUUUUAAAUGUAAACUGUUUCUCAUGAUAGUCUAAUCUGACUAAGCAGAUACUGUAUUCUGCAAAACAUUGCAGCAGAAGCAAAACUGUUGCUACUAACACAAAUAUCCUUACUCACUUAACUGAAAGUAUUGUCCCUUUAGCAUGAGUGAAGAAAUCUGAUAAGUGCUUAUAGGGCCAGGGAAUUGACUUCUUGUAUGUCAGGGAGUAAAUGUUGCUUUCACAGAUUGUUGUCCCCUAGAGUGCUGAUCUUAGAUCAUCUACAGUAGGGGCAGUGAUCUCAAAGACUAAAAUAACUUGGUAAUGUCUAAAUCUGUUUAAAUUGAUCCACUACACAAGGCAAAUACUUGUGUAUUUGGUUGUAAUACUGCUGAAUCAAUGAAGAUGGCUGUUUAAAUUAUUUUUUAAUGUGCAACUUUAUAUGUAUUCCUAACUUGUUCCUCCUUUGUACAGUGUCUGACUGUACUUCACUGUGGACUUACUAAUUUCUGCUGUCUAUUGUACCAUAACUGUUUUGUUUAGAAAGUGCCCUUCAAAGGACCCUGUUCACUGCUGCACCUUUUGAAAAUAAAAAUUGUCUACUAUGAAACUCUCUCAUAC